AUGGACGCAAUUCUAUCGCCCAUUGUGCACGACCUCAAACUACUUGAGUCGGAGGGAAUUUCUAUCGCUACCAGUGAAGGUGAGGCCAGAAUACGUGUGAUACUUGGCCAGACAACUGGCGAUAACCUUGGUUUGCAUAGUUUGCUUGGCUUUGUAGAGAGUUUUUCUGCAAACUAUCCCUGCAGAACAUGUUCCAUCGCAAGGGAAGAUGCCCAGUCUGCUACAACAGAAAAUGUAUCCCUGCUCAGGACUAAAGAAACGUAUGAAGAGGACUUGCAAGUUGAUGAUGUUUCCUUGACAGGUGUGAAGAGGGAUUCCAUUCUGAAUCAGCUCAAGUCGUUCCACGUGAUCGACAACUAUGCAUUUGAUAUAAUGCAUGACCUGUUGGAGGGUGUGUGCCUCAUAGAAGUAAAAUUGACUCUGCAAGUGUUGAUCAACCAGGAACUGAUCACACUCGAUGAGUUUAACAUUUGCCUGACCAGCUUCGACUACGGCCACACAGAGUUCACGAAUAAACCGUGUAUUGUGACAGAGGCAUCUCUUAACAGACCUCUUUCUGCAACAGGCCAGAAAGCCAUUCAGUCAUACUUCCUGGUGAGAUACUUCCCUAUCCUUGUUGGCGACCGGGUCCCUGCAGACAACGAGAACUUAUUACUGAUCAAGAUGCUGCUAGCCUGUAUGGAUGUGAUUUUUGCACUAAGUGUCAGCUUGGAUGAAACCGACUUCCUUGCCCGAUUGAUAGAUGAACAUCAUCAGCAAUUUCUUACACUGUUCCCGGAACGACAUCUUCUUCCAAAACACCACCACAUGGUCCAUUAUCCAGCAGCAAUGAGAGCACUUGGCCCCCUUAUCAACUUUUCUAGCAUAAGGUUUGAGGGAAAACACAGAUUUUUCAAACAAAUUGCUUAG